AUGGAGCUGCUCGCCGUCAUGUGCGGUGGCGAGACCGGUGUGAAGGUUGCCGAUGCGCUCGCAGAGUUCUUAAAUCUUCGCGGGAAUAGCAUUGCGGAUGGCAUGGAGAACCGGAGGGACAAGCGGGUCCAGCAGGAAGCCGUGAAGGCAGCCGGGCUCCGGUCCGUUCGCUCGGCCUGUGGCACUUCUUGGAGCGAGGUCAGCGACUUCGCUGCGCAGGAAGCCUUGCCUCUGAUCGUGAAGCCGGUGGAGUCUGCCGGCUCAGAUGGAGUGAAGAAGUGCAACACCGUCGCGGAGGCAAAGGAACACUUCGAGCUGCUCAUGAAUUCGCACCGCAAGUCCGGUGCUCAAGGCGCAGCAGUCUUGGUGCAAGAGUUUCUCAAAGGCAAAGAGUACAUCGUCGACAUCGUGUCAAGAAACGGGGUCCACAAGACGACCAUGGUUUGGGUGUACGACCGAAGACCCGCCAAUGGUGGCGAUUUCGUGGUGUACGGACAGAAGUGUGUGCUUGCAGACGAUCCUGUGGCGCAACAGCUGAUUGCUUACAGCAAAGGCUGCCUGGAUGCCCUGAAGGUCACCAAUGGCGCAACACACACCGAGGUCAUGAUGACCGCCGACGGGCCAUGCCUCGUCGAGGUUAACAGCAGGUGCCACGGUGCUGCGGGCGGCUCCCCUCGCGGAAGCACUCACCGGCUAUACGCAAGUGGGAGUUUGCGUGGAUGCCUUCUUGAACCCCGAGGCUUUUGA